CGCAUGGCUUCUGGCAGAAGAGCAGGCGGGACAGGUGAAGGCAGCGGUGGUUCAGUGAAAAUUAUUGUUCGAGAUCCGCGCUUGAUUCGCUGAAACCGAUUUACAGGAAAGCCAUGGUGCAACGCUAGCUGGUGAAACGGCACCGUUUGACACCUGAAUCUAACCGGCGGAAGUGUUAUCCGGGUACCGGACAUCAUGUCGGUGCACUACAAAUUCAAGAGUACCCUCGAUUAUGAUACCAUCACCUUCGAUGGGCUUCAUAUAUCGGUGGCCGACUUGAAGAAAUCCAUCAUCCAGCAGAAGCGGCUGGGAAAGACGGUCGACUUCGAUCUACAGAUUACCAACGCGCAGACGAAAGAAGAGUAUAAUGACGAUGGGAUGCUUAUACCGAAAAACACUUCGCUUACGGUGGCCCGCGUACCGUUGAAGUCACAAGGCAAGAAGAACUGGGAGAAACCGGGCACCAAUGUGGAGUCGACGGCACCGAUUGCGUCGUCGCGCGGCGGCAAGCAGGACAUUGCCGGUACGCAGGCGAACGUAGACCUAUUGACGAUGAACGGCACGGAGGAAGACAAAAUACGGGAGAUGAUGUUUCAAAGUACGGCCGAUUAUGAUCCUACCAACUAUCAAAAGGUGCGUGGCUCGCAGAUGGGUGAGGUUCCGAUCAAUUACAAGUGCUACCGCUGCCACAAACCGGGCCACUGGAUUAAAAACUGUCCAUUGGGCCCACUACCGAAGGAGAACGUCGAGAUACGGCGCACCUCCGGCAUACCGAGAUCGUUCAUCGAGCGUGACAAGAACGCGGAUCAGAACCCGGCGAUGCAACCAGUCCAGAUGCCACCGGAAGAAAAGCAGACCAUACCGGAGGAUUUGAUCUGUAGCAUCUGUAAGGAUCUGUUUACCGAUGCCGUCAUGAUACCGUGUUGCGGUAGCUCGUUCUGUGACGAGUGCGUACGGACGGCCCUGCUCGAAUCGGAAGACAAUGAGUGCCCGGAUUGCAAGGAGAAGGGCUCGUCGCCAGGUUCGCUGAUACCGAAUCGCUUUUUACGCAACUCGGUCAACGCUUUCCGCAACGAAACAGGCUACACAAAGUCAACCAACAAUGCUGCUGCUGGAAGGAAGCAGACGAAACCAGAAGAAAGUCAAACGGCCGACAGCACGACGAGCAGCGGUGGUCAUCCGGUGGUGCCGCUGGUAAGCAGUUCGGUGUCUGUCAGCUCUAUCGCGACCACGACGACCAGCGGCGGCUUGGAACCGGUUGAAUCGUCCACGUACGAGGAGGAAUCCAGCGGCGGGCACAUUCAGACGGAGAUUUUUGACGAAGUUUCACAGCAGGAUGAAGAGCUGCUGGAAUCGGAGGCAACGCAAUCACCGCGAUUGGACGAGAAGGAGUCUGUACCAGGCCCUGCCGAUGCCGAAUCAGACUACGAGGAUAACAUCACGGUGACGGUACCACCGGCUCAUCUGCAGAGUCGUGGUGCUUACCGUGGUGGGCACUAUAAUGGUGGUGGAGGUCGUCCGUUGCUGCAUCGUCAUGGUAAGCCGAGUCAUGGGCACGAUACGCCGCCGAACGAGCGUCAGCUAAUAGGAGGUAGCAACCAAGCUGGGUACGCAGGAUCCGGUGGCAACACGGCACAGGGGGUUGGCGUUGCAGGUCACCGAGGACAGGACGGUAGGGAACUGGAACGGGAAGAAGAGGCGCACCACAGGCGUGUGAUGAUGACAAUGGAGGAGAAAAGUGUCGACGAUGGUUAUGGUGCUGCAAUGCCAGGUCGCGAGCGGCCACCUGGCGUUGAAUAUGAUGGUCGCUCUCCGGACUAUCUUCACGGUGGCCGUGGAAUGAUGCCGAUGCAACAUAACGCGCACCCGCAACAGCAACAGCAGCUCGUUCAUCACAUGGGUGGCGCGAUGGGUCAUCCUGGUGCCGUGGGAGGUGGUGUUGCUGGUGGUGGUUACCUGGGCCAGGGUAACGCAUAUCCCGGACAUGGCGCUGUGCAUCCGCACUACGGUGUUGGUGGAGGAGGAUACGGGAUGCAGCAACAACAGCCACAGCAUCAGCAGCACCCGCAGCAGCAACACCAUGCUGGCUAUCCACCGCAUCAGCGGCCGUACGAUCCGCACGGGGGAAUGUAUCCUGGUGAGAGACCACCGAGGAUGAUGUACCAUCCGCGCGGUGGUUACGCUCCUCAUCCACCACAUAUGAGACCCCGCCAUAUGGUUCCGAGGCCGAUUGGAUCGUAUCCGGGGAUUCACCAAACAAUAGGCCCGGGCAUAAUCGACGAUCCACUGGAAGCCUUCAACCGUAUUAUGCGGGAGAAGGAGCGCCGUAAGGAGCAGGAAGCACAGCGGCGAGCUAAUAACCGGUCGCCUGGAGGAGGAGGCGGUGGUGAUCGUGGAAGACGGUCGCGUUCCUUCGAUAAUGGCAGCCGUGGAGGUGGUGGAGGUGCUGGUAGCCGCAGCGGUGCUGGUGGACCUGGGGGUCGUUCGGGUAGCUCGCCAGAAAGAAGACGCAACUCACGCCAACGAUCGAUUGAUCGACGGCGGUCUUCGCCGGACGACAAGCAUGGCGAUGAACGAUCACGUGAGCGUCGUCGUAAUCGCUCGAGUUCGUACAGUUCCCGCAGCUCACGCUCCUACACCAGGUCCAAGUCUCGUUCACCAGUCAAGAGGAAUAAAUCACCACGGAAACGAUCCCGAAGCCCUGGAUACAGAGAUCGAAGAAGCCGCAGUAGAUCCGGUUCAUUCGGUGCGGGAGGAGGCGGUGGAAGAUUCCGAGGACGCCGUGAUGAUCGGCGUGCUGGAGGGGACCACCGAGACCGUUCACCGGGCGGAUACAAUCAGCCAGCGUACGGACACGGUGGUAAUAACAAUCGUCAACGGGGCGGUAGCAACAGUGGUGGACAACGUGGCGGUCGUCCUCGAGGUGAUAGCCGGGAGAUGAUAGGUCCGAUGAAUCACGGACCCGGAAUGCAACAGUUCCCCCCACGAGGAGGUUACGAUCGACAGGCUGGUGGUAUGCCUCCACACCAUGCCAACAUACCUUCACUACUAGGCCUUGGAAGUGGUGGUGAUAUGCAUAUGCACCAAGGUGGAGGAGGAGGGUACGGUCCACAUGGCCAAAAUACUAACGAUGGUGGUGGCCAUCAUCGAGUAGCCCCAGGAGAUGCUGGACUGAUGUUACCGGCUCAGCAACAUCAGCAGCAUGGUGGCGUAGGCGGAGGAGGAAUCCAAUCCGGAGGUAGCGGCGGUUUCGGUCAACAGAACAACAACAGAUAUGUCGGACGGGAUGAUCGCGAACGAAGUGUCAGCAGUUAUGGAGCACCGGGCGGUGAAAGGCAGGAGUUCUACGACGGUGGUGAGCCACCAUUCCAUCAGCAUGGAGACCGUAAGGAGCGGCAGCGUAGCGGAGAACGACACCGAGCGUCCAGCAAUUCCUCGCCCAUCAGCACACUGCUGCCACAACAGCAACAGCAGCACGGCAGAGAUGGUACCGAUCGCUGGCCUGAUCAGCAGCAUCACCAUCACCAAGAAGAUACCGAUCGCUAUCUUCAUCAUCACCGUGGUCGAUCGCGCAGUCGAGAUGAAAAGGGACCAACCACUACAGGAGGUGGUCGAGAGGUGGAGCGACAUCAUCGUGGCGUGUCGUCUGGCACUGGCGGUGGUGGCGAUGGCCACAGACAGGGACGGUCACGGUCUCGUGACGACAGAAAGGGGAGAAGCGCAACGAAAUAUGACCGCGGAGGAGACGCCAGCGAGGCUAAGAAAAGGGACCAUUCCAAGCACUCGGAAUCGUCUGUUGAACGACGUGAAAAACCAUCGGCUGGCAAUAGCGGUGGUAGUCAUCGGGGUCGCUCCGGUCAGGAGCACGACAAGGAUCGUGAUAAGCAGGAUCGCAAACAUCAUUCCGAUGGACAAGCGAAGGACAAGCGGAUCGGUUCGGAACAGCACCAAGCACAUCAGCAGCAGCAGCAGCAGCAUAAUCGUCGCGACGAUCGCGACCGAGACAAGGAGCGCGAGCGGGAUCGAGAGCGUGAUCGUGAACGAGAUCGCGAUCGUGAUCGCGAACGUGAACGUGAUCGUGAGCGAGAGAAGGAUAAAAUCAAGGAGAAAGAUCCACGUGAGCGUGAUCGCGAGAAGGAAGCAGAUCGUGAACGCGAUCGUGACCGGGGAAAGGAGAAAGAGCGCGAAAAGGAGCGUGAACGGGAGCGGGAUCGAGAGAGGCAACGCGAUAAGGAACGUGAGAAGGAACGGGAGCAGCAAGAGCGUGAGAAGGAGCGCGACCGUGAAAAGGACAAGGAGAAGGAACCGAAACAGGAGCUGCCGAAGAAGAAGACGCGCGAUUCCAGCGAGGACGAUCGACGUGACAAGAAGAAGGAGCGCGAUAAAAAGAAACGCAAAAAGGAAAAGGAAAUGGAAAAGAGGAAGCACAAAAAGGAGAGAAAAGAAAAGGAUAAAGAGAGACGCUCCAAGGACCACCGCAAGGAGCACAGAGUGACGGAGAAGGAAGAGGAAGAGCCAGAUAGUUCGCAGCAACCGGCAACACCGACGCUUCGCCCGGAUGUGGGAACGAAGGCAACGGCAGUGGCAGAUGAGACUGUCACUGGUGAAACCAUGCAACGUCCCGUGCCGGACUGUGGCAAUGAAGAGCGCCCGGAGAGUGCUGCGACCGGCGGGGAGGAAGAAGAUGACUCAGAAGCAAAACAUUCGGAUUCCGCGGAAUCUGAUCGUGAGCAAGAGGAUGCCGAGCAGGACCGACAUCAACAAGCGUCCGGCCAUGCUCAACCGCAACCGCAGCAGCAGCAACAGAUCGAUGGGCACGAUCAUACCGAUCUGUAUUCGGACAUUCCGGAAAAGUACGAAGAGGAUCAGCUGGAGCGUUCCGUGUUGUCGGAGGAGCACGACAUUGGCGAUGAUCCGCAACAGCAGCUUCUGGAGGAACGUAGCGGGUUGGUUCUCGGAUCGAAUGAUGAUACGAUGAUUUCCUCCGGUGGCGGCGGGUUAACCGCCAUUGCUGAUAGUACCGAAGCGAUGCGACCAGACAGCGACGGUGGCGAUGGUGAUAUGCUGUUACUGAAACGAUCCGAUUCCGUGCUGGAUCUGCACGCGAAUCUCGACUUUGAACCGGAACUGGACGACAGUGACCAGCAAACAGGAGGCGGCGGAACCGUUAGUGGUCCGGACGGGCACGAUGAACAGUCCAAGGAGGAAGGUGGUGCGUUUAUGCCGGAACUAUCCAAGUGGGAGAUGGACGAGGAAGCGCAUAUACACUCGACCGAAGAGAAGCAACGGGAUGGUGCAUUGUCAGCGUUUAGCGAUGCGUCUCGUGACGGUUCAGGAGCUGGUGCAGUGGCUGCUGGUGUUGCAAGCUGCUUGGGCCAAAGUGGUGGUGGAAAGGUUACGAGCGAGGUACUGAAGCGGGCCGAAAAUGCCAUCUUUACCCGCGCGAUCAACGCGAUCCGUCCGAUCGAGAUCAAGAAGAUCAGUAUGGAGCGGCAAAAGCUGUAUACGGCUGCCGGUGGGGGUAACGAUUCGCAUGAAUCGUCCCCACGAUCGCUCCUGGAUGGUAAGCUUUUAAAGCAAGAGCAUGAUGAUCUGAAGCGGUUCCAGGUAACGGUGCCAGUGAACGAUGAGUGGGCAGAAAGAUCGGUGGAAAUCAAACCAGACGUUAAGGUUGAAAGUCGUGUAUCGCCGAUUCGCGCCUCGGUUAAGGAGCGGCUCGGUAGCAAAGUUCAGAAUUCUCGUUCGAGGACACCGCCGGGCAGGAGGGGAGGAACGAGAGGUAACGCUGGUUCUAGUUCGUCGGCGGGAACUGUCGGUGCUUCGCAGCAGGACAACAGCAGGGGUGGGAAGCAAUCUUCCGAUAGGCGGCGUGGUUCAUCCCGUAGCCGUAGUCGCACCCGUGAUGAGUCCAGUAACAACCGAAAGCGCUCGGACGGUGGCGAUCGUUCGAUCGGUGGACAAAAAGGUGGCAACAGCACAUCCAAGCAACAACAACAACAGCCGGAUCGUCGAGCAGCUGUGCGUGGACCGAGCGCCGAAAAGCGAUCGGAUCGCAGUAGCAACAACAACGAUCGGCAGCGUGAUCGUAAGGAUCGUUCGGCUAAUACUAGUGGUCGGCGUGAUCAUAGCCGAGAGCGAAGUGAUGCGAAGAAACCGGAUCAAUUAGGCGGACAGCAACAGCAACAGCAGCAGCAGCAGCAGCAGCAACAACAACAGCGUGGACGUGCUGGAAGCCGUGAACGCGAUCGUUCUGGACCCACAAGUGGGCGACGUGCUGGCGGUAGCAGGGAGCGAAAGGAAACGGGCAAGGCCAGGACCCAUAAGGAUGACACUGGACGUGCCAAACAGGCCGAUAGUAGCGAUCGAAAGCAGCCACCAUCACGGUUAUCCGCCAACGAGGAAAAGGGAGGAGGUGGUGCCACUCCCAGCUCCACCACUACCGGUGGUGAACGAUCAAACGCGAAUCGCCGUACCAAUGAUCGAUCUUCACCCGAUCGCACGUCACGGAAGCGGUCGGCGGAACAUUUACGUGACAAUGUGUCCACCACGGAGCAGCAUUCACGGCGUGACGAUAGCGCGGACGGUGGUAAGCGUAGUAAACUAGAGAAACCAUCCAAGAACUCCACGAGUAUGAGCAGCAGUAAGGUGGCGGUAAGCGCAUCGUCUGGUGGUGCUGCUACUGCCGCUGGUGCUGCUGCUACCUCCGGCCAUCCUCCGGCUGCCGGUGGUAGCUCAAGUGAUUCGAGCAGCAGCGAUACGGACUCAUCUUCGACGGAUAGCAGUCCCGAUACGGACGGUGGACGGCGUAGUGGCAGCAAGAAGCGCAAGAAGCGCAAGCACAAGAAGGAGCGUAAGCGUGCCAAGCGCUCCGCCUCGAGCGAAUCAAACGACGACUCGGGCGGGAAACGGAAGAAGUCGAAGAAAAAGUCAAAAUCUUCAAAGAAAAAGAAGAAAUCGAGUAAACACAAGAAGGACUAAGGGAAUUGGAUCCCAUUGCAUCAUCUUCGAAGCAAAAAAACUACCCGCAAGUUGUCCUUCCUCUUACGAGACCUCAGCGAAAGCAGGCUCUACGCCACUAUAGUAAUGAUGCAGAAAAAAAGAGUCAGAAAGAUAGAGAAACAUAGGGAGGAACUAGAGGAUAGAGAGGGUACGGAUGAUGGUGGUUGAUAUGAGUUAAAAAUAGUGAAGAAAUGUAUAAAUUUUUGUUAGCUCCCUCCCUCUAAGAUAGUAUAACCCGCCACCUGCCUCACCCGAUUCCCCCUCCACUUCCCCCUCCCUUCCUCGUACCGCGUAUGAAUGUACUCGUGUGGGUAUUCCAUAUUUUAUUGGCAAAUAAAUGAUAAGAGCUAAUCCUUAAAUCGUUUUGAAUCACUGUUGUCGGUAGUGUCGUGGUAAACGUGGAUGACACAGGGUGUAGUCUUAAGAUGAACAGAUCGUGCCCGUAUUACAACACUAUGCUGUAGAACAUGUAAUUGGGGGAUAGAGCAAGCUUUUUGAUUGAUUUCGUUUUAUGUACUUUACACUGCUUGCAAGCUUGCAUUUGCGAUUUGUGGCCCUAGAUGUCUUUUAAUUUCGUUAGUAGAGCGAAACGGUCAGAUAUCAAUUCUUCCUUCUGUCAGUUUCUGCGCUUCUUGCUGUUUCCUAUAUAUAUACAUACACGACUGUAAGCUAGUUUUGCGUUUCUGUAAGCUGUUUUGCUAACAUGUAAGAUAGCGUUGAAAAAAAUUACCGAAUAGAUUAGUUUGUUAACUCACUUUUCUGAAAUCAUUUUUCAUCUCCUGUCCAUAACAUCCUGAACUCAUUGUAGCCUUAGAACUUAUAUUAAUAUUAGACAAUCCAAGAUAAGAUUAUAAUACAAUAAAGAGCAAUUAGAAAACAUACGGCUCGUCCGUCCUUAUAUAUGUUUAAAAAAAAUGAGCAAUUAGAAGCGCUUUGCGAAAACAAUGUAAUACCGGUCGCCAAUUAAGCUUCAGAUAAGUUAUACAAUUUGUUUUAUCUAUUUUGUCA